UUUAAAGCACUGUAAUGGCAAUGUACUGCUUGCCAAAGUGAUCCAAAAGAAAGAUCCCCUGUUGUCUCUGUAAUUCAUUUUCACAGUCCAAUGAUGAGUGUUAAUGAGACUAACCAGACAUCCUAUGCUGUCACCGGACUUACCGUUAGCAGGUACCCACAAUGCUUUGAGGACCCCGGCAACAUCAUGAGUUACGAGGCUCGCAAGCUAAACACUAAAAUCCUUCAGUGCGGUCUUAUGCCUUCUCUCUUCUUUGUCGGCGCCCCGACCAACAUCCUCAGCAUGAUCGUCUUCUAUCGUCAGGGACUGCGAGACCGGAUGAACCUCUGUCUCUUCUGUCUCGCCUUCGUUGACCUCAUGUAUGUCACAGCUGUGCUGGGAACGGUCUCCUACUGCUUCAUCGCCGUUUUUCUGCCGGAAGAAGAACAUUUCUGGAAACAAACGCUCAUGAAGAAUUUUUUGAACUUUGUGUACGGGUUUGGUUACUCGUCUGGUUGGCUGACCAUGAUCAUCGCCACCGACAGAUGCGUGUGCAUCUUGUUUCCCAUGAAGUCGGCGACUGUUAUAAGCACGAAAACAAUGACAAUUCUUCUGGCUUCGUCAAUCUUAUUAAUAAACAUUUUGUGCGGCGUGUAUAUCAUAAAGGAGACGGUGGUGUCCACGAAAGACGAUGUGACUGGAAGAAGGGUCGUCAUGCUGAGCACCACCGCAUUAUUCCUUAGCACCGACAUGUUCAGUAUCAUCGAGAAUAUUGUAUUAUCGCUAAUUUCCAUCUUUUGUUUUUCUGUCGUAGUAUUGACCACAUCCCUCACAAUCAUGGGGCUACGAAGCGCUAUGGCAUGGCGACAGUCUACUAGCAGUUUGUCUCCUUUGUGUAGUGGCAGCUCGUACCUAAAGGGUCAGACGGUGCUGAUGAGGAUGCUGGUGGUGGUGUCCUUCAUCUACAUCCUGUGCACGGCUCCUAACGUGGCCUUAUCGCUGGCAAGAUUCUCAGACCCUGCAUUUCGAUCAGAUGGACCAAACUGCAAUGUAUUCACGGCAACACAUUUGUUUGGGUUUCUGACCGUCAUGAUCAACUCGUCCAUCAACUUCUUCGUCUACCUCACGAUGUCCUCCCGCUUUCGUCAGGAGCUGAAGACGUUUCUGCUCGGUGGCAACAUUUCCAUGAGAUCCACCGCCGUCAGCGCCAGUAAACCAAUCAGAUAGCAG